AUGGCAGCGCUCACCCCAGCGGCCGCAGAGGGGCUCGUGGCCAGCUUGGAGAGGGCCCAAGCCGAGCUCGAGUUCAUCACCAACCGGCUGGAGGAGGAGUUCAGCCGAAAAUGCCGCAAUGGCGAGAUCAACAUGCUGUCGGUGCUCACCCGCCUCAACAAGCUGCGCAGGGAGCUGCCGGCGCUGCAAGAGGAGUGCCAGCAGGUGCUACAGGCCAAGCAGGAGCUGGUGGAUGCGGUCAAACACGGGCUGGUGGCCAACACCGAGCAGCUGCGCAAGCUUCAGCGCCGGGCGGGCAUCCCUGCCGAUGCCGCCAGUGACGAGACGUACGCCGCAUUCACGGUGGCGGUCAAGGAGCAUGAGGAGCGGCUGCAAGUGCAGUGCGCAGCUGCCUACGGGGAGAUUGACAGAGACGACCUGAACCAGGCGCUGGCGCAGAGCGCGCUGGCAUGA